AAUCCUGACGAUUCGUCAACCGGUUCUUGAUGUCGUCCCUCAAAGAUUUCUAAAGAUUUUUACCAUCCAAAUUUCGUGACCCUAGCAUGUCCGGAUCACGAGAUAUCAACACCGAUUUUCCGCUGACAUACAUGUACCAUGACAAGCCGCCAGGGGCCCAAAAUAUCAUCAUUUCGAGGUCAUGACCUACCCGCCUACCAAGUUUCAUGACAAUCCACCCAAAGUGUCUUGAGGUAUCGUGUUAAACCACAUACACACCCACUUACAUAGAUACAAACGCUACCAUAACCGUCUUGGCGUACGUAACAAGCCAAUCAUGCCGCACGCUGACAUCAUUCUUCCGUCUCAGCUCCCGUACCGGCGGUGUGUCGGACGGAAUCCAGGGUUUGGCGCCCCAGAGUUAUCCGCAAUCUGAAGACUGUAGGUGGUGAAAACGUUUUCUGUUGAAAUGUUUUCGGUACAAUUCGAGAGGACACGAGGUUGAAUUUGAUUCUUUGACCAUUGAAACAUCAUUUUUAGCGUCAUCCUCUAUAGGACGAUGGAACAUACUGAACUGUAAACAAUAUCUGCGCGUCCCAGUAGACAAGCAGUUGUCCGGGAACCAGUGAACAUAAAGAGAAUUGCGGUAUAUUGACUUGGCCUCGCCCGGCACGUGCGCCCGGGACCAUCAGAAUCACGGCCACGCCCACACACACACCGCUCUGUCUAAUACUGGAGACCAGCCAGUCCUGAACAGCUCUGGGAAGGAGAAGCACGGCGUUCCAGUCACCAAAGUCACCAGCAUAUCACGAUGCCACCCAAGAACGAGAAGGGAAAGCAGAGGAAGAUGGCGAUGAAACAAGUUCGGUCCGCCAUCAAAGGUCUGAUGCAGGGGGAGGACACGUUUGAGCAGGCGGCAGACAAGGCGUUCUCAGAACUGGACACGGACGGGAGCGGCUUCCUGGAGAAGGCAGAACUGUUGUCUGCGCUCAACUCCCUGAUCGGUGCCGGGGAGGACGAGAGAGCGAUCCCCGAGAAAAAGUUUGAGAAGUUCUUCGGGAAACUCGACACUGACGGGGAUGAGAAGAUAUCUAAGGACGAAUUCAAGACAUUGGCGAAGAGGCUCUUCAAACAACUUCAGAAGGAGGAAGACAGUGAUGAAGAUGCGGAGGAGGAUGAGGAUUAGACAGAAGAGACCAGCCUCAUUCUACUGCAGCUACAGCCACGUGUCAUUAGUAUUUAACAGUUCAGACGUACCGUGAGGCUUUCCUGCGCGCAAUGAUUCCCUUCACCAGUCCUGUCCAGAUAUAAACUAACGCCUCUAUCGGCCUCUAGCUACUGUCAUUUACCGGGUAUAGAAACGCCUACAACUAACGCCUACUUGUAGAACUGUUACAUACAUGUUGUUACAUACAUGUUGUUACAUACACUCAAACUACGAGCAUUACAAGGUGCACGGCUGUAACUGAAGCACAUAUGACAGAGAGUAGAAUAAAAAUGUAUUUCAAACUAACUAGGCCUAUUAUAUCCUUGUCGUAACAGAAACAGAUAAAUUUACAUGUAUGUUGUAUACCUCCCUCAGUUCCUGUUGUGCUUCUCUGGCUUGCCUUCUGGCUGCAUAGUUGUUCAUACGCGUAGUAAUCACUGUCACGUGUAAAAAAAGGCAAGUACGCUUGUAUGAUCUUGUAUGUGAGCAUGCAGGCCGUAGUGGUGAUGUCCUAUAUUUACACAGAGAAUACUAGUAGAUCAUUGAACGACCAAACAUUCGCCAAACCCAGGCUCAAAACACUCGGAGCGUUUCCCAUUGAACGCAAACGUAACUGUUCGGGUCAGUUUGGGGGCCGCUGAGCGAUCUGACAAAAAUAAAGUUUUGGUCACUGAAUGGUCUAACUCAACAGCUAAUAAACGGUAUAGAACAAUUUGUCUGAUCAGACUGUUCCUUGUUAUGAAGCAGGGCGACUCAGACUGGCACCAGCGGUUUGAGCAAACCUGUACAUCAUGCAGCAGUGAUCCAGUCAGCCAGCUAUGUAAGAUAUGCAUAUCCCGAUAGUUAACAUCUGUGUCCAUAAU